UGGUCACGUGGCCAUACGUCCGGCCCACUACCGCCCGUAGACGGCGGCAACGGCAACCUGCAAGUUUGCCUCUGUGUGUUUCUCUUUGCCCAGUUCUUUCUAAAUUCAUCUCUCCGAGUGCAAUAUCGGCGCGGGUAAAGAGGAUCGAAAUGGAAGUGUCCCAGAGCAGCUAAGUGGACGCCACCUGUGGAGAAACCACCAUGGCGGCAGCAGGGUGCCAAGCACAGCAAACUCCACCGUCAGCUCGGGUGACCGAAGAUGACGAGGGCUCCAUGAUUGCACAGUUCUACCAGGACCAGGUGGUAUUCCUCACAGGAGGAACAGGGUUCAUUGGAAAGGUUCUGCUGGAAAAACUGCUCCGAUCAUGUCCUGGUGUGAAGCAGGUCUACCUACUGGUACGAGGCAAGAGCGGGGAAGGACCUGAAGCCAGGCUCGAAACAAUGCUCAAAUCUAAGGUGUUUGAGCGGCUUAAGCAAGAACAACCAGGUGCCCUUGAAAAAGUGCGAGCAGUAGCAGGGGACCUGACUCAGCCGAACUUGGGGCUCAGUACAACUGACCAGGCUACCUUAGUUGCGAAUGUCUCGGUUGUCUUCCACUCAGCUGCCACAGUCAAGUUUGACGAGCCUCUCAAACGAGCGGUUCAGCUCAAUGUUCUGGGUACACGGCGUGUAGUGGACCUUUGUAAACAAAUGCCAAACCUUUGUGCUCUUGUACAUGUAUCGACAGCAUAUUGCAACUGUGAUAAACCAGAAGUAGAUGAGGUGAUAUACCCUCCACCUGUAGAUCCCAAAAAAAUUAUAGAAGCUGCUCAGUGGAUGGAUGAUAAGAUGAUGGACACUAUGAGUGGAUUCCUACUUGGGCAGCGGCCAAACACCUACACCCUUACCAAGGCGCUAGCCGAGUCACUGGUGCUUGACGAGAGAGAAAAGCUUCCAGUCGCCAUAGUCCGGCCUUCCAUUGUCACUGCCUCAUGGCGGGAGCCCUUCCCAGGUUGGGUAGACAAUUAUAAUGGCUUCACUGGUAUCAUAGUCUCGUGUGGUCUCGGCUUGUUACAGUCGGUAAUUGUAGAAAAAGAUCGCAUAGCUGAUGUCAUUCCUGUGGAUGUUGUGGCUAACAUGCUCAUCUCUGUCGCCUGGCACACUGCCACAACAAGGCCAGAACAUGUGAGGGUCUACCACUGUACAAGCGGUACCUUACAGCGACAGACGUGGGGUGAAGUGACUGCGACGACGCAGAAGCUAAUUGUGCGGCACCCACUGCCACAUGUGAUGCGCUUCCCGAAGGUUGCUCUGACCAACAGUGCAGCAUGGCACAGUCUCAACUUGUACUGCCUCCAUUACCUGCCUGCAUGCAUAGGAGACCUGGCCUUGCAGUUAAUAGGACGAAAACCCAGAUUCGUAUCCCUUUAUCAGAAGGUUCGUAAGGGCAUCGAUGUUGUGCAGUAUUUCACGACUCAUGGCUGGCUGUUCCGAUCAAACAAUGUGGUGGCACUCGUGGAUGAGCUCUCCUCAACAGAUAAGCAAUUAUUCAACUUUGAUGUGCGAAACCUUGAAUGGUAUUUGUACUGGGAACAGUAUAUAUUGGGUAUUCGCAAGUACCUCUUUAAGGCUGAAGUUUCCAAGCUCCCGGAAGCACGAAAACACAUGAAGUGGCUUUAUAUCACGCACUUGUGUCUCAACCUGCUUGUGGUCACAUUUGUGUGGCGACUGCUGAUGACACGAUCACAGACUGCACGAAACCUCUGCUACUUCAUGCUGACCUUUGCCAUGAGGCUGUGCAAAAUGCUGCCCUCCCUGCGUACCCUGUGAUCUCUGCUGUCACAGAUCAUACAGUGACAAAUGUGCAGUGCAAGACGACGUGCGCCAACAACGACCACGGCUGCUGAAAACUGCCCAGCCGCCCUACCGACAGCGGCCACAAAGACUUUCAGAUGGCCACCCUUCCCACCAUUCCUCUUGCUCCUGGCCAUGCAUACCCCCACGCAUUUGUCACUUGAGGAACUAAAUCCUCUUGCAGCUUCAAGUGAACGUGGCUAUGUGAAUCUUAUAGGGCAUAUGGCAGCUCAAAACGGAUGAGGUGUUGCUGUUGUCACUUUGGUCACUAUCAGAAACACUUCCUACUUCAUGGGCACUUUCGAUUUGCACACGCUGUAUGUGCACAGAAGAGCCAAGCACACUUACGUAGCUCCAUAAUUUAUACAGCGUUUGCAAUACUGCAGAAACUAUUUACUAUCUCAGCAGUCUGUAGCCAGCUGGACUUUCCAUGCCAAGACUAUUCGCUGCAGUCCAAGCAAAGCUUUAGCAUGCCGCAAUAUUGGCAAAACGCUGCUUGUGGCUGGCUUUCUCUGCAAGUUUCACAGUCCAGAUUGCACUGCAAUUGUACUGUAUCGGGAAGUUAGGGCUCUCUGCCUUAUAAGCAGCCUCUCCAAUUGUCCCAAGCUGAUACAAGUUAUCAUAAAUCAUGAUAUGUGUAGAAUUGCAAUGUAACAUUUAAAAACUAAAGUGAAAAGUUAUUCUUCAGUUGACACCUUAAACAGACCAGGGGCCAAAAUUCCUGACAAUUCUUUGCAGCUUUCAUUAUUUCUGCCCUCUGUCAUGCACUCACACAAAGCUGCGCCCUUGCUGUUGCCAGUAUCAGCUGCUUGGUGGGAUGCAUAAGAAAUCAAUAGAAUCAGAGGAGAAGAGUCCUCACAAUGUAUGGCCCCAGAUAUACUGUUCCUUGGCAUUCUUUGAAAACACGAGUUCCUUCUGCUAGCUCUCAGUCAACAGCAAUUGAGCUUAGCAGUAUCUACUUCUUGCAUCUUGAAAAGGUGUGCAAGUAUCUUUGCUUUUUUUAGCAUCUUGAUGAUGACCCAGAAAGAUUGUGAUAAGCCUGUGUUGCACAAGUGGUUUUAGGAUAAUGCCAUUGUUGCUCUGUGGUACUUUUCAUUUCAAACAGUGGAAACUUUCCAGUACACUACAGUGUCUCCCUGUGCCUUUGUUGUUUUCUUUUUUCCAAAUGUUUGUUGCCUACACUUGCAUGAAUAACGCAACUAAUUUUUUUUAAGUGAUAAAAUAACAUACAAUCACUAAAUGUAGGAAUGCUGUUCAUUGCAAUUUUACGCAUAGGCCCUUUUUUUCAUGCUGACAUAUUGAGGCGUCAGUGAUUACACGGGAGAGUUGUCUUAUUUUUGGGUGAGCAUAGAAUGUUGUUGGCAUUAAAUAUACAAAGCUUUAAAUUGAAGGCCUAGUCAUACUCUCUCUUUGAAGUUUGCAUGCUGUGUCCGCAAUACAAGGUUUCAUUGGUGAAUGCUAAGCCUGUUGUGAAGCUUGGGGCUGCGCCAGCAAGUUUUUCAGCACCUUGCAGAGUGAACUAAACAGUGACAAUCUGUGGGCACAGCAAGUACGCUUGUCUCAGAUUCCACAUUAACUUUUAUACAUCAGUAAUACCUUAGCAACGUUUUUUUUUUAACUGCCAAUUGUUUCUAGUGCAAGAGUAGCGGAAUUUUGGUUUUUACUCGACGGUGAGAACAGCAUGUGCAUGCAUCUUUUUCCUGAAUGCUGUGGUCUUGGGUUCGAGUGUACAGCAUUAUAUAGUCUAAUAUAUUUCAUACAGUGUUGGUUCCUCAGCCCUAAUCACUCUAGAUGAGACCAAUGCCAGCUGCUGUCUCAGUGCUUUCCAGCCAGUGCCUUGAGUCUGCGGUAGUUGGAAGAUACACUGCCCGUCCCAGACGGUGCCACUUGCACCCAACCCACCUGCAGAGACUGGCUAUGCAUAAUGAGUAGUGGUGCUUGUGUGCAUUGAAUGUCUGGCUUUGAACUGAAGAAACAUGCUUGUGCUUAGGUUGCAAAGAGAGCGCAGCCACACUAUGUGCAAUCGAUGGGGUAACAAUGUCUGUGGCUCUUCCCAGAAGCCAGUCAGAGGAAGGGCACACUGACCUCUAUUAUCAGCAAUGCCUAGGCCACUUCAGUGUGCCACCACAAAUGCUGCAGCAAGCAUCUUUUCAAGUAACUAAAGUAUUAGGUUUUUUCCAACAAGUGGUGCAUCCAGCACAAAAUUGUUUCUGCUGCUGUGCACCAUUUGCUUCCUAUGGAUCAGUGCUGUGCAAAGAGGCCAUUUUAGCAGGAUCUAUGUUUUGAAUAUAGCUUUUGACAGAGCUCAAGGGCUGUAAAUACUUAACCUGUGUAAAGCUAACCUUCUCAAAGGCUCCUUGUGAAGUCAGGGGUUCUGCCUCUUAACUGGUGCUGCACCUUGCAAGAGCAACGUCAAGAGACUGGCCAACAGAGCAGGGAACCAAGUUUGGGAAGGCAACGUGGCACAGCACAGCAGAAAGCACUUGUCGACUGUAGACAAUUGUAUAAAUGUGGUCAAUAGAAGACCUCAACCAUUCAAUUGUUAAAGAGUAUUGUUUCCUUUCCCAAAUGUAUCCUAUUGUAAGACCUCUUAGGAAGAAAAAAAAAAAGCCUGCCACAGAUGACUACAUCAAGCAAUAGACAGGCAGCUACAUUAUUCACCUACAAUGGUCAGUGCACAACAGUCGUGCUUGGUAUGCUAAUGGGCAACUACUUAUUUUGCUGGAAUAUUGAAACCUUUGUACAAGCUGUACUUUAAGCGAGCAAACUGCUCCUGCCACCGGGUAGGCUGCCGUUUCGUGUACAUGGUACCACUCUACACUUUUUAAAAAUGGCUGGCACCGUAUAACCUAUAUAGAGUCAGCUCAUGAGAAACUUCGAAGUGCUUGGUCUUAGCACAGACAUGUCCGCAACAUGGGGGGAAGGCACUACAUUUAGCUUGUGAAGUCAUUGUACAUUCCUUACUGCCCAUCGAAUGCCAUAAGAAUGUUUGCCACGUAGUUAGUUUUGGCUGCUCCAUUUCACCCCUUUCUACAGUAUACCGGCCACGAGCAGUUCCUGAUGUGCUGGCCGGUAAGAUGAGUGUGCACAAAUGGGGAACUCUUACCUUGCUCUAGUGCUGUAUUCCUCUAGGACAUCUUUUUGCAAUUAAAUGACACAGGGGUCACCAGUGCAUCGUUUUGAAUGAGAUGCUGCUUUUUUUUAAAUAUUUCCUUAGUGCCAAAGUGUACAAUGCGAGAGUGAGUCGGUGCGUAGCAAAGGCACUAGUUUAUAACGCAGGACAAAGGCAUAGAGGCCAUGAGAUUGCCCAUGUCACUAAAUUCUAGCAUGGUAGUCAAGCUUCUUAGAACAAGCGUCCAUUUUGGGGGCUAUCGACGAGGCUGCGUGCACCUGUCAAAAUAGACAAUGCAGACACAGCCAUCACAAACUGAAAUAAAAUCUUGCAAAGGUGAAA